UGUACCAUAUUAAUUAGGAAUUUUCUCACUAUUAAAUACACAUUAGGAAUUAAAUACACAUUAGGAAUUCUCUCACUAUAUUUGAUUUUUCCUUUUUCAGCAGUCUCCGACCACCUCCAAAAAAUAUACCACUACACUGAUACGGUGUACCACUGUACUGGUAGAUAUACCACUGCACUGAUACGUUGUACCACUGUACUGGUAGAUAUACCACUGCACUAGUAGCGAUAUCAGUGCACUGGUAGCAAUGUCAUAUCUGAGUAUCAGUGCAGUGGUACAAAUACCAAUAAAGUGGUAAUUAAUGUGGUGUAUUUAAUGCUUACUUUGUAUUUAAUAACAGAACAUUUAUUAUAUUUACUUUCAUUAAUACUUGUCAAUAAUUAAUGAAAAAUUGACCAAUUAAAAAGGGGUGUCAAAAAACCAACCCUUAAGGGGGUUAGCAUGCUAACCCGUCCCGUUCUAUGUCCAUCCUACAAGUAAUCAGUAUCUUGAAACUCUCAAACUUACCCUUUUCAGCUUUCUUCGAAAUUACUCAUUUAAUCCAUAAAAAAACUAUUACCAUUUAUAAGUAAUUAUUAAGAUCAUCAGUGGGACAUAAGUGUGUGUAUUAUUAAUAUUAGGGUUAAUACCCUAGUUUGGCCCGAAGUUUAGCGUUAGUGACAGUUCUAGCCCCAUUUUUCAAAUAAGACAUUUAUGGCCUACUUUUGAAACUAUUUGACAAAUUUGGCCUAAAAUUUUCUUUGACCGUUAAUAUUAACGGUCAAACACUAUUCUGUUAGUGAUUCAGCAAAAAACCACUAAUGUGGCAUGCCACGUCAUUAAAACAUAUUAUUUUAAUUUUAUAUUUCAAUUAAAAUAAAAAAUCCUCUUAUGAACCCAAAAUCCCCAAAUUCAAACCCUAAAAUCCUAAAAUCCCCAAAGAUGGAUCCGCUCCACUUCCUCCUCUCUGUUUCGGUCUAAAUCCACUUCAUUCUUCUCGAAUUCAAAAAAAAUCACCAUGCUUCUCCAUCUCCAGUCCCUCCGCUACAUCAUCCGGAGGCUGCGAUGUGCUCCGCCGAGAACAAAAUCGAAGCUCCAGACUCCAGGUGGAGUAAACGGUCGAUCCUCCCCUGCCACCCCGACGGCGGUUCCGACCCACAAAGUCAUCAUCCAUGACCGGAUCCAGCUUCUCCACAACGAUCCCUCUCUCCCCUUCGCCGCUUCCUCCACCCGCCGCCGUCGACAACAAAGAGAAACUAUUCUCAUCAGCUGUCGUUGAUGUACCGCCCCUUUGGGAACCCCGCCUCUUCUAACGAAAUUUCUAUUUUUUGCAGGAUCAAUAUACAUAGCACACAGCGGAACCGCCGGCGAGACUAAGAGCUCGAGUGAGAGAGCGCCAGCCUAAUGUCGCCGGUAGAUGCGCAUGCGCCCCUAGGCAAGGAGAGGAGAGCUGUAGGCAUUCGUUACACCCGUCCACCCAGGAUUGAAAGAAUCCAUAUCUAAUUACCGAGGGGAAAAAGAAUCUAGAUCUGGUGGUGACGCACGUUCCCCUGACGAGCUUCCUUCUCGAGAUUCCGUCUGAUCCGCCGUGGCCAGUAUUGGUUCUUGCUUCGGUUGCUUCGCCGGUGGAGAGGAAGAAUGGUGGUUAAGAGUCUCUUCGUACUCAGUCUGGCUGGUGGUUUAGAGCCCCGAUUCUGCAACGACGGCGGCAGAUGCUUCAGACUUUGGAGUCUCUUCGUUUCUGGGGGGCGAUGAUUCAGCCUCCGGUUGCUUACGCUAGAGGAGAGGAAGAAGGGGAUGAACCAGUCGGGACGGAGGCGGCGGGAGGAAGAGAUGAGGGUCGGAGGUUUGGGGAUUUUGGGUUUUUAUUUUUUAUUAUUAAUUGGUGGACAAAAUUAAAAAUUUAUUAUUAUUUAAUGACAUGUCACCUUACAUAAACCACAUCAGCAGUUUUUUGCUGAGUCACUAACGGAAUAAGUAUUUGACCGUUAAUAUUAACGGUCAAUAUAAGUUUCGGGCCAAAUCUGUCUAUUAAUUUUAAAAGUAGGCUGUAAAUGUCUUAUAAGAAAAAUGGAGCCAGAACUGUCACUUAUGCUAAACUUCGGGCCAAAUUAGGAUAUUAACCCUUAAUAUUAUUUAAACAUGCCUAUAGUUUGACCAAAUUCCAUUCAUUGCAACUUUAUUUAACGAGAUCGAGAGAAAGAAUUUUCCCGUCAAAAGCAACCGAGCAUCUCCAUUGCUAGCUACUCCAUUUUAUACUAUUAUUAAGUUUUAAUUUUAAAGCCAACAAAUGUCACAACACAAAUAGUCAAAAAUAGGAUAUGGGCAUGUGGAAAAUGCAUGUAGGCCACAAACAGCUAGCUAAGUUUCGUUACGUAUUCAUUUGACUACUAAAAUACACCCUGGAAUAUAGUCUAAUGAUACCACCAAUUGGGAACUAAGGAAUGGGAUUAGGUGCUAACCCUGAUAGGAGUUAGCACCGUGAUAACUAGAAAAAACGCUACUAAAAAUAACGAAAUCACUAUGGAUUAUUAUAAAAUCAAUAUAACGCUACUAAAAAUAACGAAAUCACUACUGAUUAUUAUAAAAUCAAUACAACAUCUAAGCUAAAUCAUUACUAAUUCAAACUAGUAGUAGUUUUUCCCUUGGUUAGGACGGUGCUAAUUAUUGUACAAUUAGCACCGUAGCCGUUCCCGGGAACUAAUGAUUGCAUCUGUAAUUAACUUGUACAUUAUUAUUCAAUUACUAGUUCGACCAAAAGUAAAGCAAAGAAAUGAUGAACUAUACGGUAUGCACAUAACUACUAGUAUAUUCCGUUAAUCAGAAAUUAUAUUUUGCCACCAAUAAUUAGCAGCUCUUUCAUGGUAGAAGAAUGAAUGAUCUUAUUUGUAAAUACUAUAAUCUUUUCGAUGACCUGUACCCAUGUCUUGAAUUAGCUCUCUCGCUAACUACCAAAUCAAGCUGAUGAGGAAUUCUACGAAAAAUGUCCUUACGGUUGGCUGGUUAAAUCGUUAUUGUUCCCAACUUUAUCUUUUUACCUUUCCCUUUUCCUCUUGCUAUAUGUAAAUAAGUAGCAGUGAUGCUUUGUUCGCAAGUAUAUGGAGAUUCUUAAAAUAAAAAAAAAUAAAGUAUAUGGAGAUUC